GUUGCUGUGAAGGACUCUGUCUUGUUGUCUCCUCUCGAACCCUCACCUGCUCCGCCAGACGCAGAGCAGCAAAGUGCUGAGAGAAGAAAUUGCCUGCAGCCUCCCUGUGUUUCCAUGGAAACCUCAAAUCACCGACCUCACACGCCCAAAGCUGAAGAUGAAGUGGAGGAAGACGAUGACGCCAGCGGACCACUGACCAUUUCUGAGCUUGCCUACAGCCCUUGUGCCAGCAUGUUGCCCACCCCAGUGGAGGACAGUCAGGGAGGCGUGGACCUGCUCUUCUCCUCCCCGGUGCAGAGCCCCGCCCGGAUGCUGAGGGAGCUCCAUGCAGACCCCGACAUCCAGGCCCAGCUGGAGGCAGACAGGGAGCGGGACCGGGCCUAUGAGCGCACCCGUCUGGCUACCAGGAGUCGGAUGGGGGGGGUCCUGACCAGCAGCCUGCGCCUACUGUCGUCCAAUGAGAGAGUCAAUGCUUGCAUGCUGAGCGUGGCCCGCUUUGUUGCCGUUGUCAUGGGCGUGCUGCUUGUCACUGUGCCCACUCUGCUGCUGCUGCUGGAGUCUGACAUUGACGUGUCGUUCCUCCAUGAGAUCCGCCAGACGCCGGAGUUUGAGCAGUUUCACUUCGAGUACUACUGCCCGCUCCGGCGCUGGAUCCUGUGCAGGAUCAGCAUGGCCAUGGAGAACCUGUGGUCAGACUGAGGAGCUAGAGGAGCCACUGCAGGGGGAAACACAUGUGCCCAAAUGUCUGUCUUAACAUGUCAUUUAAUCUUAAAUUCAGUUACAACAACUGAACCAGUCUGCCAAAUGGAUGAAAUGAUUUCACUUGUUUCAGACCCAUUUUUUGAGCAGGUGCAAUGGAUCUUUGAUGAGGGCUCACACAAUUCCAGUAGGUUGUCUUGUAAAAAGGCCUGAUAAAGAUGUACUGUCAUGCCUUUUAUAAUACAUUGUUUCCAAAUUGAAUAAUACAGAAACAAGUAGAUUUGUUUCACCCCUUUCGCAGCAUAAUUAAGUUUAUUGAACAAAAAAGAGUAAUAGAGAACUAACAUUUUAAUCUUGGGAUCCAGUCACUUGUUAAGACACUUUUGGCAGUGAUAAACAGAAAAGAAAGGACAAGAAAUGCUGCAAGUUUUCAAAGACAAAUGUGCAAAAGGGAGACUUUUAUGAAAAUAAAAAUAAGGGAAGUCAUGGACAGAUAAACUCACAAAAAGAUGCAGAGAAGCAUGCAGGAUACAAAUGGUUGGUACUGUUUUUAAAGGUCUGUUCACUCCUGAUGCUGACUAGCUGAUGUAAUGACUCUGGUAAAUAUGACAAACCAUUCUGAUUGGUUCUCACCCUCGGAAUGGAGCACCUGAUUGGUCCCCGAGCCUGUCAGUCAUGACGGAGUGGACGGGGGAGAGAAAUGAUUGAUUUGUCACUGAACGCAACAAAAGCCACAGCCAGAGGUACAUUAUAUAUAUAUUUAAAAACAAAAGAGUAAUAUUGAUAAUAUAAAACCAAUCUUAAAUAAGUUGUUUUUAACAUUUUGUACAUUUUUAUGUGAUGCAGACCUUUCAGGAAUUUUUCAGUCAGAGGAUCUACUUUGAGCUUAUUUUGAAAUUAAGACUUUACAAAAGAGUAAAAAAACAAACACAUUUAUUAAAGUUUAUCGGGGUGAUGGGCGUUGAGAAAUUUAAGAUAUUUUUUAAGAGCACUGUCAGCAUUUGUUGCCUCCGUAGCUCCCUGGAGUUUUCCUACAGAGGCUAUAGCACAAAUCUUUUACACAGAUCACAGAUUAAAACUGUUUCAGAUUACGUGAUGUCAUUUUGGAAAUGGGAGGGCAACAGAGGAGAGAAACCUUCUGUUCGUCAUCAUGAUAAAACUUGUGUUUUGUUGAACUUUUAAAUGUCUUCUGAACUAAAUGUUAAGUCAGUAGUAGUGCAUCUCUCAGUGUGUUUUAAGUCAGUUUGAACAUAAAAGUAUUUAAAAAAUGCUAAAGAAGGACAAGGUGACCUGUAGGCUUGUGAUGAAAAGUUAUGUGUGAGUAAAGGUGGGUCGAAUCGAGAUUUGGGGUCAUUUGUUCAGUCCAUGGGAGGCUACUGUUAGGACAGCUCUGCGAUCGUCUCAGAUUCAAAGUGAUGAUGGUACACUUAAGAUUCCCAGAGGAAAAUGUUUGUGUAUUCCAAAUAUACUGCUCAUAUGUGACACAUGAUUGGAAAACUGAUGGUGUCAAUCUGGUGCAGGACUACAGUGGCAGGUAUUUAAUUUAAGUAUUUGAAUCACUAAAUCAAAUUAGAGAUGAUUUGUAGCCAUUAUUAAAGAAGAUCUGUGAGAACAUCAUGCUGAGCAUAAUUUAAAUGACCGCAACUGUUUAUACCCUUAAACAGAAUACAUACAUUUCUAUCAUUUUUAGAUGGGGAGGAUGUUUUGAACAAGAUGUUUGAAGAAUAUGAUUCUGGUUUUGAAGACGUAGAUGUGUUCACAUACAAGGGUGUUUCUGUGUGAAGGAAUUUGGAGCAGCGCCAUCAAAGAUACUGAAAAGGUUUUAUUUUAAAAUGUCUAAAAGUAGAAACUUCAAUUUUGGGAACUAAAGGCUGUACUAGUGGUUUUGUUUCAAUCCGACAGUGCCUGUCAGUAACAGUGUCCUGGCUCUGCAUGGAGAAGAAACAGAGAGUUACAGCGAUGAGAGUUACUUCAGAUCAAAUGAAAAAAAAAGAAAAAAAAGUUCUGUUUGAAAUGUAGUUCAAUUUGAAUUACAUUUCUCAGGAAAGGGCAUUAGCGGUUUAUAUUCAAAAUAACAAUUAUAUGUCUAAAAAAAGAAAGGAAAAACACAUCUAAUCACAGCAUAUAGUUUAUGCCUAGCAUUCAUACAGUACAUGUCUUGCAUUAUGCUAUUUUGAAUAUAUAAACACUAUGUCUUUUUACCAAGUCUGUAGCUAGACAUAAAUACAGCUGCAGAUUGUCUGUGUUAUUGUAGCAACACUACACUCCAUGUCAUAUGCAUCCAAAUAUAUUACCUGAAAAGUAUUUACUGUUGAGAGCCGGUACCUGCAGUUUGACCAUCAUAGCUGAAGCUCUGUACUGCUUUAUCUAUUCAUUUAAGCUGAUCAAAACAGGAGUAGCAACAUCUCUUUCUCAAAACUCUCUGACACUGUUUGAGGCUCUUAAAAAGCUGAACUCAUACUUUUAUUUUCAGAAUAUCUCCACAAUCUCAACUGCUACAGAGGCCUCUGCAGUGCACAUCACCAUCAAAAGCCUCUCAUUUGAACCCAAACAAUAUCUCUGCCUCAUAUGAUCAGCUGUGUUGUUGUGUAGCUGUGUGAACCUUAUGCAUCAACAAGCUUUAUGCAUAUAGAUAAUAUGCAGUAACAACAGAAACAAGCUAACUUGGGACAAAGUAUUUAUUUUCCUAUUACAGCAUAUUCACGGAAUAUCACGACUGAAACCAAGCAAAGGGCCAAACCACUAUCAAGACCACAUUUUGCAUUUAACAUUACAGGCUCUGAGUUUCACUGUAGUGGGUGAAGCUGAUCUGAAUGCACUGCUAAACAAUACCACCAUCCCAUGAUAACUAACAAAGUGGAAUAGCAUCGUGAACUAUCACCCCGUCUUCAUAUUUAACUGUUGCUCAUCCGCUAUGCACAUGCACCAAAAUGCUUGAGAUAUUCCCAGUAUACUUUAAAUAGAAGUUCUUCUGUAUAGGCUUCAUGUGUAUAAACAUGGCGUUCUGGCUUUGGUCCUUUAUUUCUGUGCUUCAUCAUCACACAGCUUACCCAGGGUAUCUCACUCUGACCUCUCAAUGUAAACGGCAUGCCUUCAUCUGUAAAUACUGUGUUUAUAGUUGUGGCAAAAGAUAAUCCUCUCUUUCUUCCCUCUGCGUGUCGUGGCCAUAUAAAGCGUUCUAGAUUUAGGCUUGGCUGUCUUGACCAUCGUAGACAAAUGCAUGUUCUCCCUGUUUUACUAAAAGGAGGUCAUUUAAAAAAUGUUGUGACCUCAUUUAAAAAACCAAAACACGUCAUGCAGUGUGGUUUUUCUUCAUUUCAACAAUUGAAUUGACAAGACUGAAUAUAUGUGGUUGCUUAUUCUGUUAGCUUCCUCUCAGAUAAUCAACCCAAAAAAAUGUGUCUCAGCACAAAAAUGCUGUUUGCUUGGAAAACAUUUUUUACCAUCUCUUAAAGAGCAGAUUUAAAAUAUUUGACUAGUUCGUUAAUUGUGCUUUUGCUGUGUGCGUAAAUCAUUUUAGUCAGAAGCUAAAUGCUAACACCUGCACCUCAUUGCUAACGGAGCAUGCUAUUAACUGAAUCAAUUGAAUUCAUUUGAAAUCAUUACUUGUAAAGAUGUUCACUUUCAACCUAAACUCAUUGCAAACAACAAAAGUUCUUUCUGUGAUAAAAACAGAUCUUUGGCCCCACAUGACACCGUAGCAUUUGAUUAGUUUGUAGCUCAUUUUUUCAGUUUAAUGAGUUUAAAGGGGAAUUGUACUCCUUUGAGAUUCAGCUCUUGUUUUGAGCUACUUGAGUUUCUGUGUUUUACAGCAUAUAGACGGACCGAGCGUACAACUUCUGUUGCCCGUGCUUACAUAAAACUGUGAUUAAAACAUCACUAAGUUCACACACCAGUUGAUUUCAUAUCUGAGGUAUGAGUGCUGAGUUCCUGACAUGAGUCAAGUAUUUACAAACCUUAAAUGUAAUAACCUGCCUUUAAUUACCAGUGGAAAUUAAACUAAAUGCUUUACAGACUACACUCACAAUUCAACGCUGUUCGAACCCAAUACACACAUUCUGCUUUUGAUGAAUUUAUUUAAGAUUUUAAAUAUUUGAACUCAGGUCUACUAUAUGCAAAACUAUUGGACAUCACGUGGUACAAGAUAAAAAUAAGCUGUUUAUUAUGUUAUUUCAGUGUUGUGUGGGCAUGUACAGUAGCAGAUUCUCUUGCACGGUCACUUUGUUGUUUUUGGACGUUAGUCAAAUGAUUUUUUGUUCUAACGGUCAGUCAGAUCAUUUAUUAUUAUUUUUUUGUCAUUAAGUCUCUUUUAAUAAGAAACUCUGGGAGAUUUAAUUUGAGAAGAAUAAGAAAAAAAACCCUAAGUAAUGGCUCCCUCUCUUCUGGGACAACCAAGCCUUAUGAACUUUGUGAAGUGAACAUUUUGAAUGUUUGUAUGUUAUAAACAGAAAACAUGAAUUGUUUUAUAUGUUAAUACUGCCACAAUAAAGCU